AUGCAAUCUUUAGUCCUUCCCCAUUCACCCUUCAUCGCUACAUCAUUUGGGCAUUCCAGAUUCAACCCCGGCCCAGAGCGGCUUUCGUUGAAUCUACCUCGAUCGACAAAUGCUCGAGGGUGUAGCCCUCGGGCUCUUCCUCCCCCUCGCUCUAUGUCCGGCCCAGCCCCAGUAGAUGACCCGCUGGAGAUCUCUGGAGAGGCCAGGCGCCCAGGACGUCCAGAGCUCCCUCAUCCGGUGACAACAACCGCCGCAACUGGAUUAUCUGCCCAAGUCCUCGCUCUAGACAGCGCUGCAACUGGUACGGUUCGGGAACCGACCUUGCAGCGUGUGGUUUCGGCGACAACUGACGAGAUUUCACAACGAUCAUUCGCGUUCAAUGACCCUCUUUCCUCGCGACAGCCGCCCGCAUUUGGUGCACAGGCCGGAUCACAACCUAUCCAGGGACCAUACCCGACGCCGACGCUGGCAACUUCUCCAUCUGGGACAGCUACUCGAGCACUGCCACAGAAACCGACACGACGCACCAAGGCCCACGUGGCGUCUGCAUGCGUAAACUGCAAGAAGAAGCACCUGGGUUGCGAUCCAGCACGGCCCUGCCGAAGAUGUGUUGUGGCCGGAAAAGCGGCGACAUGCGUGGAUGUGACGCAUAAGAAACGCGGCAGACCGCCGCUUAAGGCGGAGGAACCAUCGCUCAGACCGUACGCAACGCAGUUGGGAAAUCCAGCAGCACCUGGGGAACCGCAUCAGGCAUCGCAACCCAGACGCACACAUAUGCACCGGGCGACGUCGUCCCGUGAGAUUCGUCCUAUGACUGAUCUCCAGGUCUCUGGUGGACCUGCGGGAGCAAUCGGACUUAGAGCGUCGGCUGGGCAUCCACAAAGAUGGUCGACUUCAGUAUUCCCACAUACAGUGGAUCCUUCGUUGUCCAUGCAAGGACAUUUGGGCCACAGGCGAUUCUCUUCGUCGGGAUCACACUAUGCCACGGCACAGGCCCCUGGCUUUAUUCCAAUGACUGGUGGGUUUAGCCCUGUCAUGGGAGCAGGUCGCAUGCCUCCUGGUAUGGGGCGACCGCUCUCGUCUUAUGCGAAUCAGGUGAUGCCCCCGACCACCUCUCCACCGCAGUAUCAUCAAGCUUUUGGGGGUCCGAUCUCACCAUACAUGGAGAGCUCGAGGCCGAUUAACCGGCCACCAAUGGGAGAUCCUCCCAUGCCGAGGGACCCCCACGAAGCCUAUAUCGAGUCACCCGUCAGGCUUCCUCCUAUCUUUCCAGCGAUGACGAAUGUAGGCCCAACCCCGCAAUCGCAGGGACAUCGGCUCAGUGAUCCGUACCCGGCACCUUGGUCAUAUCGAGCUCAAGAUGAGUUCACGCAGGAGCGUCGACCGCCACCUCCGCAAGGUUUGAUGGAACCGCUAUCGCCUCACACGCAAUUCCAACAUGCGACGUCGGAAUCGGUAUAUCCUGAGCCAGUAUCAGGGCAUCCCGGACCCAUCCCUCCGGUUGCAGAAAGGCAUCAUGUACACCUUUCUCCCACACAUCUACGAGAUGAGCAACCAGGCGGUGAAGGUGAAGCAGGUGAAGGCAGUGACGGAAGACCAACUAAACGCCGGAAGAUGGCACUGGAUGAUAUGGUCAAUGACUGA